CGCACAUCAGCGAAGCAUACCAUGACUGCAAAUGGUUAUGAUGAGGUGAGGAAAGCGAUGUCAACGGCAGAAGGCAGGGUGUUCGUUUUGUUCAUGGGAUCAAAAAUGGAUGGAAAGAGCUGGUGCCCAGACUGCGUCAUGGCUGAACCGAUAGUAGACUCAGUGGUUAAGAACCAGGCUGUAAGUUCACUGAACGCUACUUUUAUCACGUGCUUCGUUGGGGCAAGAGACUAUUGGAAAGAUCCUGCAUGCCCUUUUCGGACAGAUCCUGUGUUCAAACUCACUUGCAUACCAACCUUGAUAGAGAAGGACAAAAAGGUAAGGGUGGAGUAUCGACAUCUAAUAGGUGAGAUUCCUUUUUUUUUAAAGAGGAAUUAG